AUGGUUCGUCGUCGCGCGACGCCGAGGGCUAACCGGGGUGGCAGGAAAUCGGCAGUUAAGCCUGUUCUGGAGGACAAUGAUGACAGACGGUUUGUAAGACCCAACGCUAUCAGUCCGCAUCUGUUCUGUCCUAUCUGCACAGAGGUCUUCAACCACCCAUAUCGGGCUCCUUGUGGUCACAGUUUCUGUUUCACGCAUGUAGUCAGAGCCAGUCUCCACCACGACUUCAUCCUGGAGAGCAUAAUUGGAGACUAUUCCGUUGCCUGCCCCUGGCGUUCUCUAGGUUGUAGCUUUAUCGGCGCUCUGCACCUUUUGGCGUCACACAAGAAGAACUGUGUAAUGAAUCCUGACCUCUUGCCGGAGGCCCUGCGAGUACGUGAACUGCAGGCUCUACAGCGAGCCAGUAGUAGUAGCCAACUCUCUGAGAUGGCAUUUGCGAGUAGCACCACCUCCAGCAACAAUACUGCCAGCACCAACACCACCACAUUUUCCGCUUCGGAAAUCGAUGCUGCCGUGGAAACGCCGAGGAGGGCAACCGCGAGUGGUGCUGGUGAUGGCGGCGUCUCUGUGACAAUCGACUCAAAUGGCGACGAUGGUGCG